AUGCAGCAGGAUGCACCAGUUAUCCAAGGAGGAGGAUCUCUCAUGAUUUCAUGGCAAGUAACUAAUCAAAGGGUUCUUGUAAUAGGUGGAGGAAAUGUAGGAUUAUCACGUGUGAACCAUUUACUAGAAGCGGAUGCUAAGGUGACCGUUGUCUCAAAAGAGUUGUGCCCUGAGUUGGAAAAGUAUGAAGCAUUGCAGCUUCUUGAAUGUGUUGAGAAGCGUGAGUACAAAGACUCAGAUUUACAGAUGUAUGAAACCACAAAAAGAGAACAGAUGAUGACCUUGGAUCUCGAAGAUGAUGAAAAUAGGAAGAUUAUCGAUGAUUUCGAGAAGAAUCAAAAGUUUGCUUUGGUUCUCAUAUGCAUUAAUGAGCAUAAGAUUGCUCGUCAUAUUUAUUUCAAGUGCAAACAACUAGGUCUUGUUGUCAAUCUUGCGGAUGAUCCUCAACAUUGUGACUUUUACUUUGGCUCUGUCUAUAGAAGAGGAGCGUUGCAGAUCAUGAUUAGCACUAACGGAAAAUCUCCAAGGCUUUGCAACAGAAUUAAAAACUUUAAAAUUAAGCCCAUGUUUGAGAGCUUGGAUAUUGCAAAUGCAAUUGACAACUUGGGUUAUAUGAGGAGUACAUUAAGGAACAAGGUUGACCCUGGGGAGGACAGAAAAACGGUUAAAGAACGAAUGCAUUGGAAUAGGCAGAUAACGGAUUUCUUUAGUAUCGAGGAUUGGUGUGAGAUGGAUCACGACAAAAUCGAUGCCAUUUUGAGCAAGUUUCCGGAGCUACCGACACCUGAAUAA